AGAUUAAUCAUUGCCAAAACCACAGUAAUAGUAAUAAUUGUUGUUAUCAUCGACCAACUGACAUAUUUAUUGAGCACUGCUGUGUAACAGACACUGUCUUCUGUGCUUUCCACCUAAUCCUGUUUAAUGAGAUGGAUACCGUUAUCCUGAUUUUACCAAUGAGGAAACUGAGGCAGAGAAAAACAGGUAGUUGGCUCAAGGUCACACGGCAUUAGACGGUAGAGCCAGGACGUGAAUUCAGGCAGGCUGACACUGAAGCCAGCAUUCAGAACCACUGCCUAAACUGCCUUUCAAAACCAUAUUCACGGUGCAGUUGAUUUGUAUUGUGUUUCACACGUGACAAAGCCUUUUUACAUACGUGAUCUCUUUGGGUGCUUAAGGCAGUAAGGUAGGUAGGUAGACAGAAGUAGCAUUAUCCUCCUCAUUGUAUACACUAAACUAAGGCCCAAAAAGUCAGGUGGCUCACAAAGCGCAGUCAGUCCGAACCAGAGCCUAAAUCCAGAUCCUGAGGUUCCAAAUUCAUUGUUCUUUCUGUACACGACAGAUGCCUCAUGUGCAAGCCAUGGGAAUUAAAAUACCUCUGAGGCAUGAGGCUCAAAUGAGAUAGUAACUGACAUUUCUUGAGCACUCAUUGUGUGUCAGACACCGUUCUAACCUUUCUGUAUGUAUUGCUCAUCUAAUCAGCACAGCUGCCCGAUGAGGUAGGUACUGUUAUGUCACUGGUUUUCAAGUGGGUAAACAGAGACUCAGAGGUAAGUGACAUGUAUAGAUUUAUAUAACUUAAGUGGUAGAGCCAAGAUAAGGGAAGUGAAAACAUCGUGGAUUUAACACUCAUAGUUUCAACAAUUUGCAAGAGACUGAAGGCCCAUGAUAUCAUUUAUAGUUUUUCUAGGGCACGACUUUUGAAUCCUGCUUUUGGAGCUGGCAUAUGUAGAGCAAGUACUUGAACUGGCUUCGGGCUGAGCCAGCCACCCAGAACCUCCAUCUCAACAUACCCCUGUUCCUUCCCCUUGUUACACGGAAUUGGCCUUGUGUGCAGAAGAGACUGGGUCCUUAAAGGCAAUGCAGGAAUCUCAGCACUGUCCACUGCAGCCAGUGAAUCACUGGCCUGAGGGACAGUCCCAGAAGCAGUGGGUGAAGAACUCAUGCCCUGACCUUCCUGAGCAUCUAGACACCAAGAUAGUGCCACACCCCUUGAAAGAAAGUGCUGUCCUCACUCCCCGAGUCCCUACUCUCCCAAAGACGGGGAGUGUUGGAGAUUGGGAGGUGACUGCUGAGUCCCAGGAAGCCCUGGGCCCCAGCAAACACGCUGAGAAGGAGUUCUGCGAGGACCCCCCAGGAGACAGCUGUGGAAACGGCGUGUCCCUGGGGGCUCCAGUUUCCAAACCAGGUAUCAACUGCCAGCGAGAGCAAGGACCAGGAUUUUGGCGUCCGAGCUUUAUCAAUUCUGGAAAGAGGAACACUGCAGAUUACACCUUGGAUAAUGAGCAAACAAAACCAGCCCAGGCAUCGGCCUGGAGAGAUUCCAGGGCCUGGGAGGAACAACACCAAUGGGACACGGAGGACAUGAAGGUGUCAGGUGUGCACUGGGGCUAUGAGGAGACCAAGACUUUUCUGGCAAUUUUGAGUGAGUCUCCUUUCUCUGAAAAGCUCCGGACUUGUCACCAGAACCGCCAGGUUUACCGGGCCAUUGCAGAGCGGCUGAGGGCAAGGGGCUUCCUGCGGACACUGGAGCAGUGUCGCUACAGAGUCAAAAACCUCCUGCGGAACUACCGGAAAGCCAAGAGCAGCCACCCACCAGGGACCUGCCCCUUCUAUGAGGAGCUGGAGGCCCUGGUGAGGGCGCGGACGGCCAUCAGAGCCACCGAUGGCCCAGGAGAGGCUGUGGUGCUCCCCAGGCUGGGGGACAGUGAUGCAGAGAUGGAUGAACAGGAGGAAGGGGGCUGGGAGCCUGAAGAGACAGCAGAAGAUUGUAAUGGUGAUGACCUGGCCACUGAUGAGUCUGUCCAGGAGCCCAGGAUUCCAGGGGGCCCAGCUCUGUUCCAGAGUCGUAUUGCAGGUGUGCACUGGGGCUACGAGGAGACCAAGGCCUUCCUGACCAUUCUCAGUGAGUCCCCAUUCUCUGAAAAGCUUCGCACGUGCCACCAGAACAGCCAGGUUUACCGGGCCAUUGCAGAGCGGCUGUGUGCACAGGGCUUCCUGCGGACACUGGAGCAGUGUCGGUACAGAUUCAAAAACCUCCUUCGAAGCUACCGGAAAGCCAAGAGCAGCCACCCACCAGGGACCUGCCCCUUCUAUGAGGAGCUGGACUCACUGAUGAGGGCACGGACUGCGGUCAGAGCCAUGGGAACCCUCAGGGAGGCAGCGAGUCUCUCUAGGUCUGGGCAGAGCAGUACUGAGGCUGACGACCAGGAGGCCUGGGAUGAGAUGGCAGAUGAAGUUGGCCUCAAAUCUCCCACCCUGUGUCCAGACACCCCAGACACUGGUUUUGAGAUGAGGCAUAAGGACGAAGACCAGAUUUCAGAGCAAGAUAUUUUUGAGGAUUUGCCUGGAGCCUUAUCAAAAUGUACUGGAGAGGAUGUUUGCCACCCUCAUGACUGGGGGCAAGACAGUGAAAAUGAAGGUGGAGGUGAAGGGCAGUGGGGAAAUCCCCCCCAGGAGCAGUGGGAAGAAUGUUCUUCUGAAGAGGACUUAGAAAAACUUAUCGACCACCAAGGCCUGUACCUGGAAGAGAAGCCCUACAAGUGUGACACGUGUGUGAAAAGCUUCAGUCGGAGCUCGCACUUCAUUGCCCACCAGCGGAUCCACACAGGCGAGAAGCCUUACAGAUGCCCUGAAUGUGGGAAAGGCUUUAGCGAUCGCUCCAACCUCAAUACCCAUCAGAGAAUUCACACAGGAGAGAAGCCCUACAGGUGCCUUGAGUGUGGGAAAAGCUUUAGUGAUCACUCCAAUCUUGUCACCCACCAGAGAAUCCACACAGGGGAAAAGCCCUAUAAAUGUGGGCAAUGUUGGAAAAGCUUCAACCAGAGCUCCAACCUCCUGAAACAUCAGAGAAUCCACGUGGGAAGCAAUCCUGAUCAUUGCUGCGAGGCAGGGGAAACCUUUGGCCAAAGCCCAUCCUUCAGUGCUCCCUGGAGGAACUCUACGGAAGAGACAUCUCUUGAACAACCUCAGAGUGCCAGCAAGAACUUGAAUUCUGGCCCACACGGCACCAGCUCAGGGGAAAAGCUGUAUCCGUGUCCUGAAUGUGGAAGAACCUUCUCUAAGAGCUCUGCCCUCAUUAGUCACCAAAGGAUCCAUACGGGAGAGAAGCCGUAUGAAUGUGCUGAAUGUGGGAAGAACUUCAGUAAGAGCUCCACUCUGGCUAACCACCAGCGAACCCACACAGGGGAGAAGCCAUACACGUGUGUGGACUGUGGGAAGGGCUUCAGUGAGCGCUCCAAGCUCAUCACGCACCAGAGAGUGCACACGGGAGAGAAACCCUACAAAUGCCUUGAGUGUGGCAAGUUCUUUCGUGACCGUUCCAACCUCAUUACUCACCAGCGGAUUCACACGGGAGAGAAGCCUUACAAGUGCAGAGAGUGUGGGAAAUGUUUUAACCAGAGCUCCAGUCUCAUUAUUCACCAGAGAAUCCACACUGGGGAGAAGCCCUACAAAUGCACAGAGUGUGGCAAAGACUUCAACAAUAGCUCCCACUUCAGCGCCCACCGGAGAACCCACGCAGGAGGAAAAGCAUCGUAGGAGGCUCCCCGCCCCCCGUCACGGCAAAGAGAUAAACGCAUAUUGAAAUCUCCCCAGAGCGUAAGAUGUGUGCUAGGAGCUUUCCGAAUUCUUAAGCUUGGUGUAUACCCAGGCAAGUUAUCUUGGCCUAAUCCAGGUUAUUUGGAAGUGAAUUACAGAUGCUAAGGGUCUGGAUUUGAAGGCACUUUUCUUAAGUGUAAUUUGUUUUUCUCCUGUAAAAAAAACCCUGUGCAACCCUCAGGCCCUCCUUAUAUUUGCUGUCACGUGAGGACUUGAUCAGUGUUUGAGCCAAACUGGUCAUGUAGGAGUUUAGAGGUACAUCAGGGGUCCUGAGCAGUGAGUCCAAACCUCGCUGUGCCUUCACACUGUCCACAGGUACACGUGUUCUGUUGGCACACAUCAGCAAAUUCUCAUGUGGCGGAUUUCGGUUGGGGUGUAUCCGUACAGGAGAGCUUUAAGACUGGCGAGAGAGGGCAUAAUUGGGAAUCAGUGGCUUAAAGCAGACCGCCAUGACCUCAGCAAAGAGGAGGAACCUCAGUGAUGUCCUUGAUAAA